CGUUGAUGGUUUGCAAGACUUGAAUACCAGCGUUUCUUUCUAGUUUUACAAUUAGGCUAUGGAAGGGCAUGCUAAGUCUGAUCAUGAAGUUGAAAGAGUUCAACUUCAAGAAGAUAUUGAACGUCUGCAGGAUACGCUACAGGUGCACAGCGACGACGAAUAUGUCUACGACAGCGAUGAUGAUUAUUUGUUGAUCGACUUGGAACAUAGCCAGACUCAUGAUUUAAAUGCGGACGAAGCUGAAGAUGUAUCAACUCGAUCAAGUUUUGAUGGAAAAUCUCCAUACACUAUUCAGGGAAGUGUGACUCCUGUUAAUGAUGUGUGUAGCACAUUAGAACACCUCAAAGAACUUGGAGGUGCUGAUCUGCCCGUUUGUGUUGAAAGUGGGCUGGCAUUGAAUCGGGCCUACCAGGAAGUCAUACUAAACUCACUUCACAAGAUACAAGAUGCUCUUGCUCAGAACAGACAAAAACAGACUGCAUUGGAAGAAGAGAUGGAAGGAGGAGCCCCAUCCAGGGGUCCAAAAACAACAAAAACACUCCGGGUUUUCAUGACUCCAUUUUUCAAAGACUCAAGUGGAUCAUGUCCACGGAGUAAUUCAGAUGUGUAUACGAAGGAAAAAGGCAUAAAGGAGCCCAGGGUUGACCCACUGGCUCUGAUUCCGUGGCACAGUAACCACAAAAAGAAUUUGAUUAAAGGCAUCAAAAGGGAGUGUUUGGAAAAAGCAUUAAAACCACUGAUGGCCAAACGUGAGUCUCUAGAAAUUCUUCUGAAAGAUGGUGAGGGGGGAAAAGAAAAGAAAUCGGUCCUUAAGGACAUCCUUUCCAUUGAUUCAAAGAUAAAUUCUGUGAAGAAACUGCCACUGUCUGAUUUAAUUGACCUUGUUGAUGAGAGUACCAUUGACUGGAUGAAAAUCGCCAUUCUUGAUCUGUCGGGAAACCGAAGUUUUGAGUCCUGUAAGCUGAUGUGGCAAAAUGUCCUUCAUCCGAAUAUCAACCGAUCUCCAUGGGAUAAGGAAGAAGAGAAAAAGCUGUUGAAGCUCGUUAAGACACACAACUUUAAAAACUGGGAGACCAUUGCUAAACAACUAGGUACAAAUCGAUUACCUUUCCAGUGUCUUCAGCAUUAUCAAAUUAAUUUAAACAAGGAAAACAGAGGCAAAAGUUCAUGGACAAAAGAGGAAGAUGCUAUUCUUAGAGAGGUGGUUGAGGAAAUAAAAUCAAAAGGUUAUAGACUCACAUGGGAGAGAGCUGCCAUUUAUAUGGAGGGUCGAAGUGCUUUACAGUGUAUGUCACGCUGGUACCAGAUAGAUCCAAGCCUAAAUCGAGGAGCAUGGACAGAAAAAGAAGAUGCAAUGCUCCUUACUGCAGUUGAGCUAAUGGGGCCUUCGGACUGGGCCAAAAUCCAACAGCUGGUGCCCACCAGAUCUCCAGGCCAGUGCAGAGAAAGGUACUGGAACUGUCUCGAUCCAAGAAUUAACUGGGGGCCUUGGCAGUACGAAGAAGACAAAAAACUGCUUCUCCUCGUUGACAAAUACGGACAUGGGAAAUGGGCCAAUGUGGUGAAAGAGCUGGAAGGGCGAACUGACAACCAGGCUCUGCAGAGAUACAAUCGCCUUCUCAAGUGGAAGCGUCUCACCGAGUGGUUUGAUGUUUUGCCUGAAUCAACAAAAAAAGCUAUGUUGGGAAAGAAUUUACCAACAAGAGAGUUCAAAAGGAUGGAAAAGUUAACAUGGGAGAAAUUUCAGUCCCAGAUGGGUGUCUUCAAAGAAGAUUAUCAAAAACAGCGAAACGAUCAAGCUAAUGGUGAAAUAGUUGUUCCUCGACCCCCAUGUGUCUUGGGUUACACAAAAAGCAGUGCUGCAGCCAUCAAAAUGUGGCGACGACGCGUAGCCUUGCAGACUGUGAUCUCUCUGCAUGUGAAGAAGAUUCGAAGCCAACACAUGUUCAAUAACAGAGACCCAAAGGAACUAGCAACAAUGAUUGCUAAAAUGUGCUCGGAUGAUGUGCAAGAAGAAGUGGCUAGUCAUGUUGUGAAGUCUCUGCCAGGCAGCAUUACGGUGAAGUCUCUGAUAGACGUGUCACGCAAGAUGACUCAGUGGAACAAACCGGGCGUGAAGAAAAAAUGCAGUGCUGCACGUGCCUCUGAGCGUAGCAGGGUGAACGAAGCUCUACGCAAAGUUCUGCAAACUUUGUCAACCUCAACAGCUAAAAGAGCCCGUAGACUUGGUCGAGCAAGAAAAUAUUUCUAUGUUUCUGAACCGUUGUCCAAAGAACAAGAACAUAAAAUAUCUGUGGGCACCAUGUCCCUGUACUGUAAGGCUCUUGGAGUGAAUGAAGAGCAGAUUUUGAAAACAGCAGCUAAUGUGGCUAAUGAACAAAAGAAAUCACAGAACCAUUCUGACUUUGAAGUGACUAAUGAUGUGAGCAUAUUAACCAGUAUUUGUCAUGGCAUCGGUGAACAUACAGAAGGAAAAGCUGAUGGUGAAGACAACGUUCGAGCCAUUGAUGUUGAUGUUGACGAUGGUGGCGAUUGUGCUGAUGGAGAUAAAUCUACAUCGGAAAAUAAAGUUCCAUCCAUUGACGUUGAUUUUGACGAUAGUGGUAAUGAAAAUAAAUCAAUAUCGGAAGACAACGUUCCAUCGGUUGAUGUUGGCAGUGAUGACAAUUGUGGUGAUGGAAAUAAAUCAGCAUCGGAAAAUAAAGAUGGAAAUGACACCCGAGUUGUGCAGAGGUCUGAUGGCAUAACUGUGGCUACAGACAUUGUUGAAAGUAACCAACCAAACACUGUUGUUGAAAAUUGUGUUGAAAUGUUAACUAUGAACAGGACUGUGGAAACUAGUAGUACAAUCAUUACAUCCCCAAGAACACUAACGUUGCUACAACAUCCUCCAGUACAGAUGUAG